GGCCGCCAUGGAGGUGUGCGAGAGCGGCGGGGAGCAGCCGCCGCUGCUGCACUGGGACCGCAAGCUGAGCGAGCUGUGCGAGCCCGCGGACCCCGACACGCUGCUGAGCCGCACGCACUUCACAGAGUUCCUGGAUGAAUUUUCACCUGAUGUCCUAGGCCAGCUCUUGAAUGAUCCCUUCUUGUCUGAGAAGAAUGAAAUAAUGGAAGUGGAACUGUCUCCAGCAUCCCCAGCACCCCUCAUCCAGGCUGAGCACAGCUAUUCCCUCUGUGGGGACUCUCGACCUCAGUCUCCCUUGACCCACAUCUCGACUGAUGACAACUUUAAUGAAGGUGACCUGGAAAAUGAGGAAUGGUGUCUGGCUACAGAGUUUACUCCAGCUUCAAUAAAGACUGAGCCAGGGCUGUGUGAGAUAUCAGGCCUUGCUCCCUCAGUCAGUCUCACCGUCACAGCCACGUCGCUGGAGGGGGAACAGCCUGAACUACAGACAGAUGUCCUGAUCAAACCACUGACCCAGAAAGUUCUUCCAGAGAUUAAAUUGGAGCCCCAUGAAGUGGAUCAGUUCCUGAACCUCUCUUCUAAGGAAGCAGUGGAUCCCCUGCAUUUGCCUCCCACCCCUCCGAGCAGCCAUGGCAGUGACUCUGAAGGAGGGCAGAGCCCAGCUCGAUCACUCCCUCCUUCCAGCCCAGUCCAGCUCCAGGCCACAGCUAAGGUUGCGUCACGCACAGCUUCAGUGCUCUCCAAUUCCCCUCUCCUGACUGCACCACAUAAAUUACAGGGGACUGGCCCCCUCAUCCUGACAGAGGAAGAGAAGAGGACGUUGAUUGCAGAGGGUUACCCAAUCCCUACCAAACUGCCCCUGACAAAAGCAGAGGAGAAAGUUCUAAAGAAAAUCCGCAGGAAAAUAAAAAACAAGAUCUCUGCCCAGGAAAGUAGAAGAAAAAAGAAAGAAUACAUGGACAGUCUGGAAAAAAAAGUUGAGACCUGCUCAAAUGAAAACAGUGAGCUGCGUAAGAAGGUUGAGGUCCUGGAGAACACUAACAGAACUCUUCUGCAGCAGUUGCAGAGACUCCAAGCCGUGGUUGCUGGCAAAGUGUCCCGCUCGUGUAAGGCAGCUAGCACACAAACAGGGACCUGUCUUAUGAUGGUGGUGCUGUGCUUUGCAGUAGUUUUUGGCAGCUUCUCUCAGAGCUAUGGGCCAUAUCCUUCUGCUACAAAGAUGGUGUUGCCCAGGCAGCAUUCCUCACCAGAGUCCUACACAGAUUCCAUUGUGAGGUCAAGGAGUCUACUAAUUUAUGAAGAGCCUCACCAGCUGGAGGAGCCAUCAAGCCCGAUCUCCUUUGCAGAUCGCAGUGACAGGCAAACAGACACCUCCAAGUUCACAACACUCUCCCUGGAAGCUGUGUCAGGGACACAGCAGGAUGAUAUCAUGCAGUUCACAAUAGCCAACGAGACAAGGCUAGAAAAAUCAGUGCUGCUGGGCCUGCAGCAGCACAGAGUCAACUCGGAACUAGAAGGAAAUGAAACACUGAAGAUAAUUGAAAUAGAUAGAAGAGUCAAUGCCACCUCUUAAAAAUAAAAAAAGGCCUUUUUUUCUUGACUUCCCUCUUUCCCGCAAAUUUUCAACCAAAGUUCCCCUGACUUGUCAUCCUCAGUGAACCAAAGUACAAAAGAGAGGGAGUUCAACUUCUGCCAUUGACUGGUGAGGCUGUGACUACAGAUGGGAUCUCUUGUCUUUUUAACUCCCUUCCUCACAUUGCACACAAUCCCUGUCUCUGCUUUUAUCCCUUUCCUGUCUAACACUGCAGGGGCAGGAUUGAAUUGUGAUGGCAGAUGAUGCCAGCAGUGUGCUGGUGACUGGUGGGUGUGUGUGCCUGCACAGCCUGGUCUGAGCACAAGGACAUUCUGGAGAAGGGUGAAUUGUGUGAAACCAAUGGGAGCAUGUGGGUGAUAGGUUUCUUGGGAGAAGGUAAUUGAGAGAGAGAGGAGAUGCAGCAUGAUGGUGCUUAGAGUCUCACCACAGCUCCAUGCCUACUGGUCUACAGCACUUGAGCCUUUUGGGAGGGUGGAGAGGCACAUGUGCAGCCUGCUUCUGUAGGGACAAGAAAGGGCCCUGGCACUGCUGAGUUCACAGCACAGGCAGGAGAGGGCUGGUCCAUGAUGCUGCUGAAUUGUCCUCCCCUAGCUCUUCCUCUUCUCCCCUCCAGUCUCUUCAUCAUUUAGCAUGGUAGGUUUCUCUGUGCAUUGGAAGCAGUCCCUUGAGAAAUUAAACAAAGAUCAGUCACUGUCUUACCACACUCUUUGUGGGAGAAUUAUGCUAGUUUAACUAAAUCUGUUUAGAAAGCAGGUUUUGUUACAUUUAUGCAAUAUUUUAGAUGGAUGGCCUUUAGUCUGCUUAAGCUAAUUUAUUUAGCUUAAAUCAGUUCCUUCCCAACAAACUAAAUCAAUGUAAGGCUUAAACCAGAAGUGCCUCCUGAGAGGACCAUAUAGAUUUAAUUUAUUGGCUUCUAGCUGGUUGAUGAAAAUUCUUGUGUAGACCCAGUCUCAGAUCGUCUUGUGUUUUCCUUUUCUUGCCAUCUUCCUGUUACUGUUGUAAAUAGUAUUUAUUAGCUUCGAAAAAUUCUGUUCAGGCAGUUGCAAUGAAGAGAAUUGAGCUUUCCUAACCCUGCAAGUGAUCUGGGCAAACCCUGAAGUCGGACACAUAAACAUCACUGAACACCCAUUUCCUCCCCUUAAUUGUCCUAAAAUAAAGCCACGUGUCUUAUUUUCCUCU